ACAUGCGUAGUAGAGUGUUAUAUCACAGCGUGCCGGUUUGCUACUUCCUCUGUUCCACACAGCACAGAGAACACAUCAGCUGUCCAAGCCGCUUUACUUUCUUUCUCCCCAAAGCGAAACCAUUUUUUUUCAGACAACAUGGCCUCGUAUGAUGAUGAGAAUCAAUCCAAGUUUAUGCGUAAAGCAAAAGAAAAUCCUUUUGUUCCAGCAGGAUUGGCUGGAUUUUUUGGCAUCGUCGGUUACCAGCUGAUGAAAAUGAAGCACAGAGGAAACGUAAAAAUGUCUGUUCACCUCAUCCACAUGCGUGUGGCUGCCCAGGGAUUCGUGGUUGGAGCCAUGACUUGUGGCGUCCUGUAUUCAAUGUACAAAGAGUACAUUUGGGAUCCCGCACACAAGCCAAAGGAAGAAAAAUGAAGUUUAUGGGACUAAUAUUUAAUAGUUUUCAACCUGAUAUUAAAGGGUGUAAAUAACACAUUAUAUACAUAUAUAUAAAAAAAGUGGUAUCCUAAAAAAAAUGUGUGUUCAACUAAAAAUAAAAACGUUAAAAUGUAGUGUUUAUUAUUAUUAACAGAUUCUGUCUUGAACUUUCAAAGAGUUGUUUUAGUCAGAACAUGGCAGCUCAUACUAAUCCACACGAAAAAUGUAUUAAAUAGGAAUAAAACCUUUUCUUUACUGAAACUAUAACUGCUAAAAUGGUACACAGUUAUUCAAAAACAUAAUGCUAAUGUUUUUCAUAAUUUUUAACAAAGAUUUAGCUUAUGUUGAGAAUAGAAACAUAUACUUAAAGCCAAUUUGUAAAGUAAAUUAUCAUUUUUAUUCUUAAAUUGAUGACUUGGCAAAAGGUUUAAGGUUGAAAUACAGGGUUGGGCAUUAUUUAAGAUGAUUUUCUUUAUUGAGAAAAUUCUAUAACUUUUUGGUGUAAAUAUUUCAUAGGUUUUAAGAUGGACUACACUUUUUUUUUGUUCCAUUAUGAUAUACAUAACUGUAUAUUAGCAGAUAUGUUGGGCUCUAUUAGCUUCACAGAGGUUCUUGUAAUUUGAAAGUGGUCCAGCACAACCGUUUUCAAAGGUCAUGGAUGAACUUUCAGGUUUUUUUUUCUUUUUCUGAUAUAUGAGAGUUUAAAAAGAUUCCUUAUCUGGACCACUUUAAGAAAUUAUGGUAAAGACUGAGUCUUUGUAAAGAUGAUCAAACGGUUGUAAAGAUAAAUAAUUAUAUGCAGCACCAAAUCCCCUAUUUUGCCUGUUUGUCAACUAGUAGGAAAGAUAUAGUAUAUAUACAUGAUCUAUCUUCUAUCUUGUUUUAAAGGUGUGCAAUGCUCCAAAUCUUGUAAAAUGGAUUUGCCUUUGAAAUCCAAAAACAUAAUAAAGUCUUGGU